UUAGACGCACGCUCCUUGCAGCCAGCGAUGGCCAGAGCCUCGCAGCUUCCUUUAGAGUUGUCUCAAAUGCUAUCGUCACAUGUAGUGCGUAUGGUUGGUUGGCGUGCGCGGUCUCUCGUACUGAUAGACUGUCCUUGAAAGCUUUGUAAUGAUUGUGCAAGCGUGGACAUGUGCACAGACGAUGCUGGGGGCCUGAUCGAAGGCGUCGGAAACGAGGUCCUCUUCACUGUACCUGUCGUCGCAGCUGUUGUCGUCGGACUGCUGGGUUUUGCCGGGUGGCAGCAGUUGCGGCAGCUGCCAAGUUCGUCGCCAGCUGAGCAGCCGUCACGGCGUGAACUGACAAGUGCGAGGCUCAACAAUGGUGCCACAGCUGUGUCACCAGUGGCAGAACACAGCAGCAGCAUGGAAACGGCCCCACACUAUGGAUCAGAUGCACACUGCCCCAUAUGCCUGGCUGAGCCCCGACACCCCGUGGAGACCAACUGCGGACACCUCUUCUGUGCUAGCUGUCUCGUCUCCUACUGGCACCAUGGCAACUGGAGAGGAGCAGUGCGGUGUCCCGUGUGCCGACAACAGGUGUCCGUGAUGCUGCGCUGCUUCCAGGACCAACACCUGGCCGAUGAAACAGAUGCCCAGCGUGAAGAACGGGCACGCCUGCUUCGAGAUAUCAAUGACUACAACCGCCGAUAUUCAGGGGAGCCUAGGCCAUGGCUGGACCACCUGCGAGACCUGCCCACACUGCUGCGCCACGCGGGCUCAGAGUUCUUCUCGGUGGGCGGCAUCAUGUACAUGUUCCGACUGCGCAUUGUGCUCUGCUUCGUAGCCGCUAUCAUGUACCUCAUCUCACCACUCGACAUGAUUCCAGAGGCAAUUUUCGGCAUCCUCGGUCUGCUGGAUGACCUUUUUGUGGUGCUGCUUCUAGCCAUCUACGUGACCGUCAUCUAUCGGCGCUUCCUGGCUGCUCGGUGGCAAGAGGAUGUGAACUGAAUGUGACUGGUGACCGUGCAGGCGCGUGCUCGUACGGUGAACGAUGGUUCUGUACGGUGGUUUGCACUGAGGUUCAGUCUUGCCCUUGCAACGCCAGCCAUCUUGUGUGCGUGUGUGAAUACAUGUGCUUUACUUUCUGAGGAAAUUGCAACAGCCCAGACACAUUUUAUCGAUGCUUCAUGACAGGAUGCUCAUAUUGUUUCUGGGGAUGUCCCUUCUCUUAUUGUGAAAUUGUGGCUUGACAAUUUUAUGCUGCAGGCAUUGUAAAUUAUGCGAUGCUGCAAAAAGACUGCUCUGUGUCUGCUCUUGGUUAUAGACCGAGCACCUUGCUUUCAUGUAGCAGCAUUCAGGAGCUGACAUUUCUGAGCUGAUUCACUUGGCAGUGAUGAGAUUGCCCAUUGUGUGAUGCUGAUUUGCUUGGACAAGGUAUCAUGCAGUGUUAACAGGCUACAUGCAUAUAUGCAGGACUUGCAGGCUUUGUUAUACGCUGAACAUUCUGCAAAGGCCCAUUCAAUCAGCUGAAAUGUUGCAAGUGUGGCACCUGCUGUCUUGUUACAAAAUAAACUAUUUGUUAUCUGCA